UUUCAGAGCGGAGUUAUUCUCCUUCUUCCGGUUCCUUUCUCUGUCUCUCUGUCUCCCUCUGCUUCUCUAGCUACUGACUGGACAUGGCAGAUGUAACAUUAGAGCAUCACAGUCCACCUCUUGACCCAUUAACGGGGACAUCCUCGAGGGCAAUUAGCUGACUCGAUUGAGUUCGCCUAGGAGAUAAUACAACCACAACACUGGGUCUUUGCCCCCCUGUCGAUUUACCUGAACGGACUAACUGUCAAAAAAAGUGGAGUCCCCAAGCCUUCCGUCAAUCAUUGUCUCGACCGACUUGACCAUUUUAUUUGCUUGGACGCCAACGACGUUAGUACAGCUUUAGUUUCAUCGAGAGUACCAACUUCUCUGGUUCACUUUGCCCCAAGCUCUUAGGUUAAAAGAGGAAGGCAAUUCCCCGUUGUUCCCUUUGUUUCCUGAACAACAUAACUCAUCCCCUACCCCCCGGCUGUCAUUCCGGCCCAUAAACAAAUAAUGGAAGGCUCAGCGUUCGAAUCACCUUCUUUCCUUGGGAAUCGUUUAAUCUCCUACCUGCAUAUCUUGACGACGGCUAAGAGGGGACUGCCAUUCGGGUUUCCGCUCUGCGUGGCUCCUUCCCACACCAUCACCACCACAGAUGCUCUGCUGCAAUUGGCAUCCUCCGUUGGCCCACACAUAGCCAUUCUGCAGAUCCAUGCGGAUAUUAUCGAUGAUUGGUGCGACGAGACAGCUCGCCAAUUGACCUCCUUAGCUAAGAAACAUGGAUUUUUACUCUGGGAAUCGGGCCGCAUCCUCAAUGCCACCGUUGAUAUUGUUGGCAGACAAAAGACCGAGUCGAGAGAGGUGAAGAAUCAAUUAGUGGACUUGAUUCGGAAGAAAUAUACGAAGGGUGUCGUCAAGGAAGCUUCGUGGGCUGUCUUAGGAACUGCGUGGGCUUCAGGGGUGGCAGUUGGCAACCAAGAAGCUGAUAUUCUGAUUCCCACCCUUAAAGCUGCUGCUCGAGAGGCUGUGGCGGACGCUGUGCAGACCAUCAAGACGGAAAUCACGGCCAACAGCCCAAGUGAGCGUCCAUCGACUGGACAUGAAGCAAUGGCUCUCGAGAAUAGUGAUGCUGGUUCACAUCUCACUUUCGAUUAUGUGGCUGGCGAUACAAGCGGCCUUCCGCCUCGGAAAGCCUCCACCAUCUCUCUGACUCAGACAAUCACACAGCAUACUGAGGAUAUAAUAGAAUCACCUACAGACUCGGGAGUCUACGAGCGGAAGGAUAGCCUUCAGAGCGGGAGUUCAAGUCUAUUCGUUAUCGAUGAGGAGGUUCCACCCCCACCUCUGCUUGCGCGUGGCCUUGUCCUGUGUUUACCGUCAACAACCGAUUCCUCGUUCAAAGCCGACUACAGAAAGAGCUGCCUCGCUGCUGCACGCGCCAAUCAAGAUUUUGUCAUUGGAUUUAUUUGCGGCGAGUUAUGGCAUCUUGUUUCUCAAAGGAAUGACAUAUUCGACACCGAGUCUCUUGCACACGAAGCAGACCAACAGCAACCUAGUCCUUAUGCUUCAGACGAAGAAGAGCCGCAACCAUGUUUGGCUUUAUUCUCACACAUCCCUCCUAGAUUCAGUCUCAUGGGCGGCGAUGAUCUUGAAGAUCAUGACGACGAGAGUGGGAUGGAUGAGAUGACCCGGUCUGCGAUGGAGAUGUCGCAGGUGGAUACAGCGAAUUUACAGGCAACGAAGCUAUUCUACAGCAUGGCACAUGCAUUGAAGCUUCGAAAUGCGUCCAUCAAGGAAAAACAAAACGGGCAUACCAGCACAAGUAAACGGAACGAAUACGAAAUUCUCCAUAUCCCUGUUGUAUCCUUGCCGUAAAGCAGGAACGCUGCUAGCCAUUUAACUGUUACUUUCUCGUCACUUGCUCUUUUUUCAUUUGGGGUUUACUUAUUGUUACUGGGUGACUUGAUGUUGGCGCAAUUUUUCUUACCAUCAAUUUUUUUCUUUUUCUUUUCUCUUUUUGUGAUUACGGAGUUGGGCACCCCAUUGGAUGGAAUGGUGAGGUACAAGUUGUUCGAAGGGAUACAAGUGUUUAAUUUACAGCGGCACCAGAUUACACUGUAUAAUAUCUACUAUUUUCAAUACCAAAAUCACUUAGUCAAACUGGUACUAUUCGUGUUUGAAAUUCUAAGGUGAAAAAAUCACAAACUACCAUUUUGGGAAUGGGUACCGUCACAUGACUCGAACGCCCG